AUGGCCGAAAGCCCCGUCCCCAUGACUCUGGGCAAAAAGAUGGACGUGGAAGAACAAAUGGCAGCGCUGAUUGACAAAUACAGCGGUCACUUCAAGUCCCAUGAGCCUCAGGAGCAUCCUGCGGAUGGUGAGUACGUGGUUAUAACGGAUGCAACAAGUACCCUGGGUGUUCAUCUUGUGGCCCAACUGGUUCGAAUGAAGCAAGUCCGUACCGUCUUCUGUCUUGUUCGAACACCCUCGAAGUACAUGGCUUCGUUUGAGGUGCAGUGCAGGCUUCUUACGCACGGCUUAUGGUAUGAUAUCAGCGUGGAGGAUGGCAAAAAGAUCAUCGCCUUCCCUGCCGAUCUUUCCAAUCCUCAUCUGCUCGGUAUGGGCGACGAUGCGUACGGUCAAUUGCGUCGAUUCGCGACUGUGAUCAUCCACUGUGACUGGAUGAGCGAUCCCAACGCCCCUCUCGCCAGCUUCGAGUGGUGCAUUGCAAGUACUCGCCGUCUUUUAGAUCUCUGCCUGGAUACCGAGCGUCCGGAGCUCGCUCGUUUCUGUUUCUGUUCUUCCGUGAGGACCGUGAUGCACACGCUAGGUGAUGUUGCCCCUGAAGCGCUCCCUGGGUCAUUCUCCUGCGCGGACUACAGCGGAGAUGCUCAAUCGAAGCUCGUGGCGGAACAUAUCGUUCAUCGCGCUGGUCAGGGAACUAAAUUGCGUACCUGUGUGGUUCGUACGCAGGAGAACCUGGGAGACCUAAGCUUUGCAGGUACCAGAGGAGACGAUAGUGUUGCUGAUAUACUCCGGGAAGGAAAGAAAAUCCACGCCCUUCCGUCGCUGGAUGCCACCAUUAAAUGGGAUCGCGCGGAUGUCAUUGCAACCAGUGUAAUCCAAUUGACUCUGUCCCCGAACGUGACUGGGAUUUUCAACGUCGUUAAUCCUACCUUCAUUCACUGGGGCUAUGGCUUGCUUCCUUUGCUCCACCGUUUCGGUUCUCAGUUCCAAAUACUUUCGGUGGAUGAGUGGGAGCAUCGUCUUCGGGAAUCGACCCCGAAUCGCACCACCUCCUUGAAGUUGGAGCUUGAAGAGUGUGAUGGCCAUGGCAACACGGAGUUUGCAUACGACACAAGGAAAGCCCAGGCCUAUGCCCCAGCACUGCGUCAGGGGAGUGGACUUGAUGAGCAGGCUGUCACUCGUCUUCUCGCCGAUCUUGACUUGCGUCUGCCAGGCACUAGUGUCUCUCUGCUAGACACACAUCGCACGGUUUUCAUCCUGGCUGGACCCAGCGGCUGCGGCAAGAGCACAACCGGAAAGGACAUUUGCGAGCGUUUCAAGCUUCCCAUGAUCGAGGGCGACGAUAUUCACUCCCCAGCAUCGCGACGGAAGAUGGCCAACAGGAUUCCACUCACCGACGAUGAUCGCUGGGGAUGGUUGGCCCACCUCCGGGGUGCCGUCAUGAAUCGUCUGCAGAACACCGAAGCGCCGGGGAUCGUGGUAACCUGUUCUGCUCUUCGUACAGUGUAUCGCGACCAGCUUCGGCAUCUCAGCCGUCUCUUCGACGAACCGGUUCAGGUCGUUUUUCUGAUGCUGUCGAUCAGGGACGGCAAGCAGCUGCAGGAUCGACUUGAAAAACGCAGUACCGACGAGGGUCACUACAUGAGCUCAACAAUGGUUCCAUCUCAGCUCCAGGUGUUCGAGGAUCCGGAUCCGUUGGAGACAGAUGUGAUUGUGGUCAAUGCAGCGCGGCCAAAGGAAGUUGUGUUGGAGAAUGUGAUGGACGUUGUCAAUGAGAUUUUGAGUUUGCCUUCUCAGUCAGUGAUGUGA